GUGUCGUUAUUAGCCAAUGAGGAAGCGAUCAGGAAACGCUAAUGUUUACAAGCAGCAGUUUCCUGAUAAAAGCAGAGAUUUCGGUGAUUCUGCGGCUCUGUGGGAAAUGACAGUUAGAUCAUGUCUCAAUUUAAAUGACGAGGUUUCACCUUCAGCAUCCUGAUGGAGUGGGUGUUCGUCAUGAACCGGAUGAGCUCUCAGGGCAGCUCUGCGUCCCAGCGCAGGCGCAUGGCCCUGGGAGUGGCCAUCCUGCUGCUGGUGGACGUCAUCUGGGUGGCCUCGUCUGAGCUCACCACGUACAUCUUUAAGCGGCAGGAGUACAACAAACCCUUCUUCAGCACCUUCACCAAGACCUCCAUGUUCGUGCUGUACCUGCUGGGCUUCCUGCUGUGGCGGCCAUGGAGGCAGCAGUGCAGCGGCACGCUCAAACGUCGCCAGUCUGCCUUCUUUGCUGAUGCGGAGGCCUACUUCGCUCCCUGCACCACUGACAGCACUGUGAACAACUGCUUGAGCGAGCCUCUGUACGUCCCGGUCAAGUUCCAGGACGCAGCAACGGACCCGUACGACUGUUUGACUGCAGACUGUGAAUCCUCCUCCAAGAAGCAGCGGGUCCGUUUCAGUAACAUCAUGGAGGUGCGUCAGCUGCCGUCCACCCAGGCCCUGGAGGCCAAGCUGUCCCGCAUGUCCUACCCGGCAGCCAGGGACCAGGAGGCUUUGCUGCGUACGGUGGGGAAGCUGAGCAUCACCGACGUGGCCAAGAUCAGCUUCUUCUUCUGCUUUGUGUGGUUCCUGGCCAACCUGUCCUACCAGGAAGCUCUGUCGGACACGCAGGUCGCCAUCGUCAACAUCCUCUCCUCCACCUCAGGCCUCUUUACGCUCGUCUUGGCCGCCAUCUUCCCCAGCAACAGCAGCGACCGCUUCACGCUCUCCAAGCUGUUAGCCGUGGCUCUGAGCAUGGGAGGCGUCGCCCUGGUGAGUCUGUCCAGCAUGGAGAGCCCCGAUGAGAAGGGAGUGGCAGGCUCCCUGUGGUCUCUGGCGGGGGCGAUGCUCUACGCCGUCUACAUCGUUCUGAUCAAGAGGAGAGUGGACCGCGAGGAUAAGCUCGACAUCCCCAUGUUCUUUGGCUUCGUGGGUCUCUUCAACCUGCUGCUGCUCUGGCCCGGCUUCCUCCUGCUCCACUACACCGGCUUCGAGGCCUUCGAGCUCCCCAGCCAGCUGGUGUGGACCUACAUCCUGAUAAACGGGCUGAUCGGGACGGUUCUGUCAGAGUUCCUGUGGCUCUGGGGAUGUUUUCUGACCUCGUCUCUCAUCGGGACUCUGGCUUUGAGCCUCACCAUCCCUCUCUCCAUUUUAGCAGACAUCUGUCUGCAGAAGGUGCGUUUCUCCUGGCUGUUCUUCGCCGGAGCCGUUCCCGUCUUCCUCUCCUUCUUCAUCGCCGCGCUCUUGUGUCACUACAACAACUGGGACCCCGUCCUGGUGGGGCUGAGGAGGCUCUACACUUUUAUCUUCAGGAAACAUCGCAUUCACAGACUGGCAGACCACAGCGAGCAGAGCGAGAGCCUCAUUCCUCUACACACCGUUUCCCCUCACGAGUGAACCUCCGUCCUGAAGGUGUGCGGAGUGGAGCCCGCUGAGCCGACAAUCUGGAAGCUUUCAUGAACAUUAAACCAGCCCAGUGCCUCCAUUUGGACUAAUUUAUUCCUCUGACUUUCUUCAUUGUGCUCAGACGGACAUUCAGCGCUGAUUCUUCUGUGGAAAGACGAGUUUUUAGGCAACAGGGAUGUUGAUUCUGAUCAGUUUGCUCCUUUGCUGAUUCGUACCUCCGUUUUGUGUCUAAUUCCAUCUUUUACCUGCGCAUCAGUUUAUUUUUUAUUAUAUGUUUGGGAUUUUUCAUCACUUAUGGAGCUAAAUCUCAGGUUUAGUUAAAUUCUUACCUGAGAUCUUCUGUUUAUUCUGCUGCUGAUGCUCAUAAAACGCGGCAGAUUAUAACCCCACAUCCUCCCACGGUAACGCUGAGUCAGCACUACUGGAACAUGACUGGGUUAGAGACAAUUUAUUUAAAACGUUGCAAAAGACAAACUGAUGCCUGGUUGAGGACGGUUGUGCACAAAAUGACCAAAUCUGCAGCGUUACGAAACGGCAAGAAGGACCAAACGGCUGAAUGACGACGGUACGCUGAUCUUUACCAUAACACUAAUUUCUCAUGGUGUGAAGCAUUUAGCGCUGUGGGGGGGGGGGCAUCCUUUAGGAACUGACAGGGGAUGUAAAGCUCUGUUAAAGAAGAUAAAUCAGCUGCUCCACCAUUUAGGAAAUGAUCCGGAGGUCCGGCUCCCCACAUCUGGCCACAUCUGCCUUCUGCUGGGCGCUACGUGACGUCCCCCCCCCCCCGUUAGACGCGGCGUGUUUACUUUAGACGCAGCGCUGGCUUUAAUGAAAGCAGAUCAGCAGUGAGAGGAUUUCUCUCUUCUGACACGAAGCUUCAUGGAAACACAGACGGAGGAGAACCGUCAGCGUUCUCCUCUCGUCCCGCUAAACCUCAGAUUUUAUUGCACUUGUGAUUAACCGGUCGGAUGAAGCAGACGAGGCGGCGCUCUUAAAGCUGUUUUCUUCGUUGCACUUUUUUUUUUUUUUUUUUUGUGAUUUCAGCUGAAAACGAUUUUAAAGAACUUUGUUUCCACAACGAACGUUAAUGUUUUAUCUUUUGUCAAUGGUGCUUGUGAAAUCAUGGGUAGGGUUUUUCUUUCUCAGGUUCUUUGUCUCUUCAUUAAUGAGGACGUUGUACAACAUUUAUAUAUGUAUGAGAAUGGCUUAAGAAGCCGUGAUGAUAAUCUCUCCUUUAUCAAACCAACUCUUUAAUAAUUUUAUUUUUCAAAACUGUUUUCAUACUUCAGUGCACUAUUAAAACAUAUCUUUGUAAAACUCA